AUGGAUUCCGAUGCAGAUGUUGAUAAUAGCAGCGAACAUGGGUUGGAAGCCAAUGAUGUCAAUAACGAGCUGAAUCCAGGACCAGAGGUGUUGCCAAACAACGACGAUCUGCCGAUAGUUGGGGAUGUUCGUCGGCAGUUCCACCCCCACAGCAAGCGCAGCCCCCAAAAGAUGUCGCUACAGGAAUACCUCUCAGAAACGGAGCCUUCUAAGCGACCUUUGCCCAACGAAACACCCUGGAGGCCAGCAUUCAACAGCCGCAUCGAUUUCGAGGUGGCUGAGUUUGCCACCGUGAACAUGCUCGACACCAACGCCAUCAAUACCCUAAUCUCUUUAAUCCGGCGAACCUCCAGCUGCAUCGACACCUUCACACUUCGCAACGCCAAGCAGAUGAAUAAAUGCUGGGAGCAAGCAAGCAAGAAAUGUACCAACUUUGAAGAACGCACAAUCGAUGUCCAGUACAAGAAGAAAGACCAUGAAUUCACCAUGUUCGUGCGACCGUUAUGGCAGUGGAGCCUCGACCUCAUUCGAGACCCACGUGUUGCUUCCUUUAUCUCUUGGGAUGCGGAGAGGCUCUUCCGAUUCGAUGGCCAACAUCCUGUCUUCCAAAUGAUCCAUGAGGCCAAAUUAUUUCCCUACAUCAUAUACGCAGACAAAUCCAAGCUGUCACCUUUUGGUACACAAAAGGGCUACCCAAUCAUUGCUCGCCUGGGAUGUCUGCCAGUCCAUAUUCGUAACGGCACAAAAUGGGGUGGAGGGCAGAUUGUUGGAUGGCUUCCUGUUAUUGAUGAAGACUCUAAGGAGUCGGGCAAACCUCAAUAUACAAACUUCAAAAAUGCUGUGUGGCACGAGGCCUUUUACGAGCUGAUUGAAUCGAUCGAAGCGUACUCCAAGACUGGAAUUUGGGUCCGUUGUGGGGAUGGACAAAGUCGCUGGCUUCAUCCGCUGGUUCUUAUGCUCGUGGCCGACUAUGAAGAGGCAACCGUUAUGACACUUACUCGAGGGGUGAAGGCACUAUUUCCCUGUCCAAUCUGUCUUGUCAAAACCAGCGACUUAUCUGAUUUUGAAGUGAUGGCAACACUUCGGACAGCAGCCGACUCCGAGAACCUAGUAGUUGCAGCUCAGCAGCCUGGAGCUUUGCAGGGAGAGCACGAAAAAAUUCUCCGAGAUGUAGGACUGCGAAAGGUCAAUAAUGUUUUUUGGAAGCUCGCUUACUCAGACCCUCACCACGCCUACUCUUUUGAUCGGCUCCAUACAAAUCACAGCGGAAUAUGGGGCCAUCACCUCUUUCCCCAGCUGAAGCUUCAUCUUGAAAAAGCAGGAAGUCGGCACUUGUCAAAAUUGGAUGAACAGUUCGAUGCGCUGCCACGCUGGCGUAAUCUCAACCACUUUAGCAGUGUUUCGAACAUUGCUUUCAACGAUGGCGGUAAACAUUGUGACAUUGCGAAGAUGACGCUCUACGCAGCCCAUAAUUUGCUACCAGGCGAUCGUCGGUUCCAACUGCUGCUGCGAUGUAUUCGCAGCUUUGUUGUCAUCGACACCUAUCUUGCAUUGAAAAUUCAAACUGCGAACACAAUCCAGCAGGGGAGAGAGGAAGUCAAGCGAUUUGGAAGGCUUAUUCAGGAGUAUUCUCAAGCUUGUAUUGGGACAGAAUUCGCAAAAAACUGGAAUUUCCCAAAAAUUCACCUGCUUUUGCACGCAUUUGACGAUAUUAUUCGUAAAGGGGCAUCACGAAACUUCAGCACAAACAUUGACGAGUCUAUGCAUGGACCCAUUCGCGACGCUUAUCUCAAUCUUACCAACAAAAAGAAUGUGGGUCCUCAGAUCUUGAAGUUUGUUCAUCGAAGCACUGUCGCCACUCUGAUACGAGAGCAAAUCGACGACAUUGAUGAAUCUGUUGCGUUGUCAAAAAGAAAGGAAGAUGUGUCGAAGGACGGCAACAACUGUAACGUUGCCGACUCAGAGCAAGUUGGCAAUAGCGAAAUAGGUGGUAAACGUGAUAAAGUCUCAUUUCUUAGCCUUGAAACCAAAAUGGCUCAAGACGCUGGUUUUAAAAACUUCAGGACCCGCUUUACGUCGUUUUUCAACAAUUUUCUUCUUGCUUUCGACUACGUUUCCCAAGAUCACCCUCGGACAACUUUACAGCCGACAGAUGAGAUCCAACCCUAUAGCUUUCUCAAGGUCCACUUCCCCUCCCUUGAUAGUUGGGCGGGAGAAGCAGAUUAUCUUCGAUGCUCCCCUCAAUUCCAUGGCAGACCUCGCUACGAUGCCGCAUUCGUGCAGACAACGGAUGGCAUUAUCGUGGCACGCCUGAUAUUUAUCUUUUCCUGCAAAUUCAAGGACAAAAUAUUGCCAUUUGCGCUGGUCCAACCGUACGACGCACCGAUACCAAGACCGGCAUCUCAAAAAGAUCAAGAUCUUGGCCUCAUUCGCUUCAGGUCCAAGCCACGACGACAAACCGAAUUCAUAUCUGUUCACUCGAUUAUCCGUGGCGUGUAUUUGGCGCCAGAUUUUGGGAGGAACGACGGGUUGGAGUACUUGGCAGCGGACAUCGUAGACACUGAUAUGUUUUUUCGGCUUAAAUCACUAUGA